AUGCGUUUCGACAUCAUCGCCGUCCUCUCCCUCGCCACCAUGGCCACUGCCAACUCCAAGAAGUCCGACCCUUACCAGCCCAUCAGCCUCAAGGGCCUGAAGAGUUGCCAGGCCGCUUGCAUCUCCGCCACCAUUCGCAGCCUGGGCAAAGGUGAUAUUGCCAUCAUGUCGACGCCCGCCAUGGACUUUUGCUCCCAGCCCGACCUCAAGCUCUGGCUGGCCAAGGAGGUCUUUCCCUGCGGGCAGGUGACUUGCGGACGCAAGGUUCGCCUGUACGCCAAACGUGGAAUGAAGUGGCUCCGCAAGACUUGCCCCGAUGUCACCUUUGUCGAGGCUGAGCUGAUGCAGCCGGCUCCCCAGAGCCCGGCCACCGUUCACGGCGACGAGCAUGCCAACGCCGUUGACGUCAACGAUGCCGAUGACCACUAG